AUCUGUCCGAUUCCACAUUGUCUUACACUGAAACGGAGGCCACCAACUCCCUCAUCACCGCUCUGGGUGAAUUCUCAGACGCCAGCAUGUCUCCGGACGCCACCAAGCCGAGCCACUGGUGCAGCGUGGCGUACUGGGAGCACCGGACGCGCGUGGGCCGCCUCUACGCGGUGUCGGAGCAGGCCGUGAGCAUCUUCUACGACCUACCUCAGGGCAGCGGCUUCUGCCUGGGCCAGCUCCACCUGGAGCCGCGCAGCGAGUCUGUGCGCCGCACACGCAGCAAGAUCGGCUUCGGCAUCGUGCUCAGCAGGGAGCCCGACGGCGUGUGGGCCUACAACCGCGGCGAGCACCCCAUCUUCGUCAACUCCCCCACGCUGGACGCACCCGCGGGCAGCUGCGGUGGCGGUGGCGGUGGCGGCCGCGCCCUGGUCGUGCGCAAAGUGCCGCCGGGCUACUCCAUCAAGGCCUUCGACUUCGGGCGCUCGGACCUGCUGCAGCAUGCGGCUGAGCCCGACGCCGCCGACGGCCCCUACGACCCCAACAGCGUGCGCAUCAGCUUCGCCAAGGGCUGGGGCCCCAGCUACUCGCGGCAGUUCAUCACCUCCUGCCCCUGCUGGCUUGAGAUCCUGCUCAACCACCCCAGAUAGCGCCUGGCUCCCUGGCCCGGGCGCACCCCCAGAUAGCAUCUACCUAGAUUUAAUAUAAAGUUUUAUAUAUUAUAUGGAAAUAUAUAUUAUACUUGUAAUUAUGGAGUCAUUUUUACAAUGUAAUUAUUUAUGUAUGGUGCAAUGUGUGUAUAUGGAUGACGCAAGAGAGACGCACUUUGGCUUAUAAUUCUUUCAAUACAGAUAUAUUUUCUUUCUUUUUCUCUUCCCUCCUCUUUUUUGUUUUGUUUUGUUUUUCAGAAAAUGAUACAACAGAACUAGGUGGAAAAGCCUGGGUUUGGUAUAUGGUUUUUGAACUAUUAAUGCCCAGACAAAAAAGCUAAUAACAGUCACUCGUUGAUAAUAAAAUAUUCGCAUUAUA